AUGCCCAUCUCCUUCCCCGCGGCAAUAGCCCAUUUCCCUGUCCCCCGCUGCUCCGCUCUGGUAUUUGCCUACAGCUUUCCCGCCCCCUUUUUUUUUUUUUGCACCCUAUCCCUUUCUCUCGCCCGUCGCCGACGGACCGGGGUGCGGGAGGCACCCAUAGCCAGGGAAGGAAAGGCACGUGCGAGGGAGAUGGAGGGGCACGGGUUGGGGCCCACGACAGACGUUACGGUAAACGUUUCCGGCACCGUGACGUUGCCGCUGCACCUCCAGGCGCUGGAAAGUCUUGAGGACCCCGUGCUGCAAACGGAGAUCAUGCAGGAGGCCGCACGCCUUGCAAUUGCUGAGAAGCUCGGCUCCUUUGAAAAGAUGCACGUCACCGCCGUGCACAAGUAUGGCAACCCCAUCUGUGAGGCGAGGCUUGACUUUGCAGAACUCUGCUGCGCCAUUGCCAAUUUGCAACACGCCUACGAGCAUGCCAUGACCCACUUAGUGCAGAUACAGCAGAUGAUUGACAAGGGACCGACACAGACAGAGGAAGAGAAGCUGAGUGGAGAGGAAGAAGAAGCGGCGGGUACGGAAAAAGUAUUUGCAGCCAUCCGUCAAGUGCUUCGACACGCGAUGGAGGAGCCAGGCGAGGCCCCAUUUGCGUCAGUCAUUCGUGCAUCCGCGCGUAGCAACGCGGCGGCAGGCGCAGGGGACCUAGCCGACGAUGCUGAUGAUGCGGAAGUGGGGUUUUAUGACGGCGUGCACGAUCCGGAGGCAGAGGGCUACGCCCCGUUGCUGGAACACCACGACACGGCGCCGGUGGAGGAGGAGGAGGAGGUAUAA